AGUUCGCGCGGAGCGAAUAAGCCGGAAGCGGGAGAGAGUCGCCGGCUCGCUGAGUCCCGCCGCCUUAGACCUGCCUCUGGUACCCGCUCCACCAUGUCCGGUUUCGAUGAUCCCGGCGUGUUCUACAGCGACAGUUUCGGGCUCGACCCGCAGGGCGACGAGGGGCAGCUCCGCCGCACACAGGUCAAGAAGCGGCUGCGGGAGUUCCUACGGCAGUACCGGGUGGGCAGUGACCGCACCGGCUUCACCUUCAAGUACAGGGAUGAACUCAAACGUCAUUAUAACCUGGGUGAAUAUUGGAUCGAGGUGUCUCUGGAGGACCUGAGCAGUUUCGAUGAGGAUCUGGCCGACUACCUCCUGAAGCAGCCGUCUGAACACCUGCCACUGCUAGAAGAGGCAGCACAGGAGGUGGCAGAUGAAGUGACCCGUCCACGCCCGGCGGGUGAGGAGAUCCUGCAGGAGAUCCAGGUCAUGCUGCACUCCGAAGCCAAUUGUGCCAGCAUUCGCAGCUUGAAGUCAGACCAGAUGUCUCGGCUGGUGAAGAUCCCAGGAAUUGUGAUCUCAGCAAGUGCCGUGCGUGCCAAGGCCACCAGGAUUGCCAUAGAGUGUCGCGGCUGUCGCAACGUUGUGAGCAACAUUGCCGUCCGACCUGGCCUGGAAGGAUACACCUUGCCUCGUAAAUGCAACACGGAGCAGGCCGGUCGGCCCAAGUGUCCUGUCGACCCGUACUUCAUCAUCCCCGACAAGUGCAAGUGCGUGGAUUUCCAAACCCUGAAGCUACAGGAGUCGCCGGACGCCGUGCCGCAUGGAGAGAUGCCGCGGCACAUGCAGCUGUACUGUGACAGGUACCUGUGCGACAAGAUUGUCCCUGGCAACCGGGUCACUAUUAUGGGCAUCUACUCAAUCAAAAAAUCGGGAAGGGCCACCAACAAAGGCCGAGAUCGUGUGGGUGUGGGAAUCAGGGGCUCCUACAUCCGGGUGGUUGGAAUCCAGGUGGACACUGAAGGCACAGGGCAUGGCCUGGCUGGGACCAUGUCACCACAGGACGAGGAGGAGUUCCGCCAUCUUGCCGCCAUGCCCAACAUCUACGAGGUCAUUUCGAAGAGCAUCGCUCCCUCCAUCUACGGCAGUGCCGAUAUCAAGAAGGCCAUUAGCUGCCUGUUGUUCGGGGGCUCCAGGAAGCGCUUGCCCGAUGGUCUGACAAGGAGGGGUGACAUUAACCUGCUGAUGCUUGGAGAUCCCGGCACAGCCAAGUCUCAGCUGCUGAAGUUUGUGGAGAGGUGUUCGCCCAUUGGGGUGUACACCUCUGGGAAGGGGAGCAGCGCGGCUGGACUGACUGCGUCCGUCAUGCGAGAUCCAUCCUCUCGGAAUUUCAUCAUGGAGGGCGGGGCCAUGGUUCUGGCUGAUGGAGGUGUUGUCUGUAUUGAUGAAUUUGACAAGAUGCGAGAAGAUGACCGAGUGGCAAUUCACGAAGCCAUGGAGCAGCAGACAAUCUCCAUUGCCAAGGCUGGGAUCACAACUACCCUGAACUCCCGCUGCUCUGUGCUGGCUGCAGCAAACUCAGUCUUCGGGCGAUGGGAUGACACCAAAGGAGAGGAGAACAUCGACUUCAUGCCAACCAUCCUGUCCCGGUUUGACAUGAUCUUCAUCGUGAAGGAUGAGCACAAUGAGGAGAGAGACGUGGUACUGGCCAAGCAUGUGAUGAACGUGCACCUAAGUGCCCUGACGCAGACACACGCCGUGGAGGGAGAGAUCGAGCUCAACAAGUUGAAGAGAUACAUCGCUUACUGCCGCUCGAAGUGUGGGCCAAGACUCUCGGCCGAGGCUGCAGAGAAGCUGAAGAACAAGUACAUCCUGAUGCGCAGUGGAGCGCGAGAACACGAGCGAGAGAGUGACCGCACCAGCAGUAUCCCCAUCACCGUCAGGCAGUUGGAAGCCAUCGUUCGGACCUCUGAAUCACUGGCGAAGAUGAAGCUGCAGCCGUUUGCCACAGAGCGGGAUGUGGAGGAGGCGCUGCGGCUUUUCCAGGUCUCCACGCUGGACGCAGCGCUGUCAGGCAGUCUGGCUGGAGUGGAGGGCUUCACCACGGCCGAGGACCAGGAGAUGCUGUCCCGCAUCGAGAAGCAACUGAAGCGUCGCUUUGCCAUCGGGUCGCAGGUGUCCGAGCACAGCAUUGUCCAGGAUUUCCUGAAGCAGAAAUACCCAGAGCACGCCAUCUACAAGGUCCUUCAGCUGAUGAUGCGUCGCGGGGAGAUCCAGCAUCGAAUGCAGCGCAAGGUGCUGUACCGCAUCAAGUGAUGGCUGCUGCCCAGCCCAAGAGAGCCCCCUCCCCCACUGUGAUGCCCGUGUGAGUGGCUGUUCCGGAUGCCUCUGAUACCCAACCACUGCCCUAACCGUUCCCCCAUCCCGGCCAAGUUACUGGAGAGGGUGACUAGUCACCAAGCUGAACAGUAAACCAAGUCACAGCAGGAGAGCCCAGCACGGAACUUGCUGCAUCCGGGCGUCCUGACCUUGAUGAAGAAAGGAAGUAGUCACACCAGGCAUGACUGCUUUUGUCAUUCCUCAAAUAAAGUUGCUUGCCAGAA